UUUCUCUCUCGUUGAGACUCUCUUCUCUCUCUCUCUCUCUUUCUAUUUGUGAAACGAGCAGCCGAUCCCGACACUCUUCUUUCCACGCGGUCACUCUUAACCUGCGUAUCCUGCGCACCCGCUGUUCUCGUUCCUGGGACUCUGCAAUGAGGAGUUCUUCUGAGGUUCUUUUCUUGUUCAUCGUAUCUGUUCUCGUCUGCUUCGUGUAUCUUCCUUCUCUAUCGUUCUCUCUCCUCGAGACCAAGUCGGAUCUCUCUGUAGAGAUCAAUGCCACUGAAUCCAAUGGUUCACGCCCGAGAUCGAGAGAGGACAGCUUCGCUGAUAUUAUCGAUCGGGCUCUAGAGAAGGAAUUCACGGAAAAUGAACAGACCGAAGAAGCUGAUGCUGGUAGCUUCAACAACAGUGUUGCUGGACAACAGGCGGUUCUGGAAACUGUAGCUAGAGUUAAGCCCAAGAAAAAUGACACCAAGGAGGAGAAGUCAUUUCAACUUCAUGAUGUAUUCAAUUUAGAUAAUGAGAAUCGAGCUGAAGAUACACCAACAUUAAUAGAUCGACGGGACAACGUCUUCAUUAUAUCAAAUCCCAAAUCAAAAUAUCCUGUUCUACAAUUGGACUUAAGGUUAAUAUCAGAUUUGGUAGUUGUCAUUGUAUCUGCUACUUGUGGUGGAAUUGCCUUUGCAUGUGCUGGACAACCGGUUAUUACUGGAUAUUUACUGGCUGGAUCUGUUAUUGGACCUGGAGGCUUCAGCUUCGUUAGUGAAUUGGUGCAAGUUGAGACAGUAGCACAGUUUGGUGUAAUUUUCCUGCUUUUUGCUUUGGGCCUGGAAUUCUCAGUAACAAAGCUCCGUGUUGUUCGAGCAGUUGCUGUUCUAGGUGGUCUGCUCCAGAUUUUCCUAUUUAUGUGCUUGUGUGGCAUAACUGCCUCAUUAUGUGGCGGUAAAGCUUCAGAGGGGAUCUUUGUGGGUGCAUUCUUGUCAAUGUCUUCAACAGCAGUGGUUUUGAAGUUUUUGAUGGAAAGAAAUAGUAUAAAUGCUCUACAUGGCCAGGUCACAAUUGGGACCCUUAUUCUCCAGGAUUGUGCUGUGGGUUUACUGUUUGCACUGCUUCCCGUUCUAGGUGGUACUUCUGGUGUUCUUCAAGGAGUAAUAUCCAUGACUAAGUCGUUGGUUCUGUUGAUUUCAUUUUUGGCAAUUUUGUCAAUACUGUCUCGUGCGUGUGUACCUUGGUUCCUUAAGCUGAUGAUAAGUCUAUCAUCGCAGACAAAUGAACUUUAUCAGCUGGCUUCAGUUGCGUUUUGUUUACUUGUUGCUUGGUGUAGUGAUAAGCUUGGUCUAAGCCUUGAAUUAGGUUCCUUUGCUGCGGGUGUGAUGAUAUCAACCACUGAUCUUGCACAACAUACACUUGAACAGGUUGAACCCAUUCGCAACUUCUUUGCUGCUCUUUUUCUUGCCAGCAUUGGAAUGCUUAUCCAUGUCCAUUUCCUUUGGAACCAUGUUGAUAUUUUACUUGCAGCUGUUAUUUUGGUGAUCAUUAUAAAAACAUUUGUGAUAGCUACAGUCGUUAAGGGAUUUGGCUACAACAACAAGACUUCAAUUCUUGUUGGGAUGUCUUUGGCACAAAUUGGGGAAUUUGCUUUUGUUCUCCUCAGUCGUGCAUCAAAUCUUCAUUUGGUUGAGGGAAAACUGUACCUGCUGCUUCUUGGCACAACAGCUCUUAGUCUGGUGACCACUCCAUUGCUUUUCAAGUUGAUACCUGCCGUUGUACAUCUUGGAGUGCUAUUGCGGUGGUUCUCCCCCGAUAGUGGUCAAAGUGAGAUUGGGUUUAAAGCAGAUGGACAUCGUUCAGACAGUAGUAAACGUAUUGCUCUGAUGGUCCAAGGCUCCCGAAAUUCAUGAUUUUAGAAAGAAAAGCAGAAAUGAAAUUUCAUGUCUUACCUGGUUGGACUUGAUGCUCUGGAGGACAGAGUGCAAAUGGAGGUAGAGUGACCGAGUGAGUCACAAAUUACUGUCUUAUAAAAAGCUCUUCUUGAUGUUCUCUAUCACGUAUCUGACCAAGUGAAUCAAACCGAAUCGGAGAAGUGGGAAUAUUAACAG